AUGGAACCCAAGCCUAAGUUACUUGCCACUGCCAGUUGCCGAGGUCAAGGAGUUCAGGCUGAGAGUAUGAUGUUAGACAGACUUAGUCAUCUUCCAGACGAAGUUACCCAUCACAUUCUUUCCUUCCUUGACCUAACAGACGUAAUUCGUGUUGGCUGUGUGUCCAAGAGAUGCAGAGAAUUUUAUCUCUCAACUCAGUCACUGAAGUUUGAUCUUGAGGAACUUUCGGAUAUGAACAUUUCCACCUGUAGUAAGCGGUUGGAGUUGAUGCGUUCUUUGGACAGGUUCCUGUUUCAUCGCAGGGAUAAUAAGAUAGAGAGCUGUCGUAUUAACUGGCUUCUCCAUAACUUCGAUAUUGAUAACUGCUUUUGUGAUGAGACUUUCCGGGUCAUGAUGUGGAUCUACAAUGCUGUAAGAUGCAAUGUUGAAGAGCUUCAUCUAAGCAUCUGUGAAUAUAAAGGGAAACCACUGUGGACUUUAAGUGUAAGAUUCUUAAAGCACCCCCUGCUCGCUUCUUUAUCGAAUCUCGAAAGCUUGAUCCUGGCACAUGUUAAUGUAGAAGAUGAGGGGUUUUUCAAAUGGAUAUCACGUUCCUGCAAAUCCCUAAAGCUGUUACAUCUUGAUAGCUGUGAUGGGAUGCAAAACAUGGCCAUUGAAAGCUCGUCUUUGGAAACAUUGAUUUUUGUGCAUCCCGGUUUGAGGAUUGGCUGCGAAAUUAACAUCUCAAUCUCAGGAGAGAAACUUGGUUACUUACAACU